AUGGACCCAAGCAUGACCGAAAAGAGUCCCUACGCGAACUCCGGGUUCAGCGGCAUAUUCCUCGGCUACUGCAUCGUCGCCCUCGUCCUAUCCGUCUUCUUCCUCGCCUACUUCAACAGAGUGUUCGCAUCUCUGAUUUCACUGGCUAUCCGAACAUACACCUGGAGAGCGUACGGAAUUUAUCUCGACAUACAGGCACUGCAAAUUUCCCUGCUCGGCGGGCGAGUCUUCUUCACCCGGCUACGGUACCAUGGCAACAAUGAAACCAUACUCAUUCAGAAAGGCUACAUUACCUGGUCGUACUGGCAAUGGAGGGUACGGGAUGUCGGCAUCGUAAAUGAAAAGGACGCUGCCAAGGCGCAGGCAGAUGGCAAGGACAACAGGAAGGCGAAGCUCCCCUGCCGGGUCAAUGUCGUCGUAUCAGGCCUCGAGUGGUUUGUCUACAAUCGCAGUGCGGCUUAUGACUCUGUCCUCGAGGGCAUGGUCAGUGAUGCAACAGACACGGCACCCGCUGCUGAUGACCAUGGUGAGAAUGACAGCCAUGCCAAAUUGAGAAGGCGUAAUGCAAAGAUGACGACGAAGGAGGCUCUGGCUGAUAGUGCAAUGCGCAAUCCGGCCUCAGCCCACGGGCCUCCUGGUGCAGAUAGCAGCGAUAUCGGGUCCACGAAGCAGCACCCGACUUGGCAGAGUACUGUGCUCGAAGGAAAUGGUGCGACUCAGUCUGAAAACCGCUCUUCAGAGGAGGAGCUCCCCUUAUUGCUGCAGUUCUUUCCGAUUCACCUGCAGUGCACCAAAGCUGCCUUGGUAAUGGGCAACGAGAACACCAAGUCUAUCAUGAUCGUCAAAGCUAAGGGCUUGACUGGCGAAAUUGAUGCCGUGGCUACAGAAACGCCUGAUCCAUAUCGGCAGCUGUACAAGAUCAAGUUGGACUCUCCUGUCAUCGAGAUGAGAGACAAUGAGGAUUACAGAGAGGACCAAGUUGAAAGAGCACUGCGAGAGAGACAAGCAGCCCAGGAUUCCGAGCCACUGCCACGACGCUCUUUUUUCCGCAGAUAUCGCCGCAAGGCGUUGAAUCAAUUGCGAGAUCUGGUACCCUUCUGGAGGUCCUCCGUUGAAUCCUUCUCUUUGGGUGAUAGGACACCUAUCGCAACUUCAGAUCGACAACGGCCGGGAUCUGACCACUGGCAAGGGCUCACAAGGUAUCUGGACGACCUUGAGAAGAAUGAGCACCUGCGUUGGGCCUCUGUUGAGUACGCAGCCGAAAACACGGUGUUGGAUACUCCAGAGGCUACUAUCACAAUCUAUUGGGAUACACCUAGCCUGGUGGCGCCUCGGCGAUCGAACACUUUCGAGAGCGCAGUCGAGGGUGAUCGAGCGGGGAACAAAAUCAAUGGGGACCAACCACCGGCCUGGGGAAUCAACAUAUCGAUCAAGGGAGGUUCUGUGAACUAUGGACCGUGGGCGGACCGUCAUCGAGCAGAACUCCAGCGCGUCUUCUUUCCUGGGCUCUGCAAGGACUCGCAACCGGCGAAACCCCUUCCCACUGGAGCCAGUCGGGUGCCUACUCAGUUCCAGCUGUAUGUGGAACUCGACGAUGAGGUGACACUGCGAGUACCAAUCAGAGAAGAAUCCAAAAAUUGGAGAUUCAGAGGCAAAGAACCUCCUUACAAGACCGAGAAACCACAUGACAAUCGAAGGACUAAGAAUCGCUCGAAGCAGAAAGAUCAGGCCGCUUCAGGUGCUUCCGAACGCCAAUACGGAUGGCUCGACGUCAAGAUCGCGGCAAAUGCUACAAUUUCCUACCACAUGGAUAUGUUUGCAGGUCCUAAUGGGUUUUCGAGCUCUCUCGAUCUCGACUUUCCCAAGACGGAAAUAUCAAGCAGCAUAAAUCAUGAACUUUUGUGGCAAUCUGGCAAGCAGCGCAUCUCGUGUGAGAUGCCCACUCCUUUGAAGUGGAAUGCCCUACGUCAGUGGAGGUUUGACAUAGAUACCGAGGCACUCGAUCUAUUCAUACUCAGAGACCAUGUCUUCCUGCUCACGGACCUUGUGAAUGAUUGGUCAAGUGGUCCGCCUGCUGAAUACCUCGUCUUCACGCCUUUCAAGUACUCCCUUGAUCUACACUUCCGGAAUCUAAAUCUCUACCUCAAUGUCAACGACGGCAACAUCAUCAACAAACCGACCGAUCUCGAAGACAAUACCUACAUCACUAUCAAGAGCCCUCUUCUGGAUGCAAGCACCUGCGUCGCGAUCGACAAAUACAGACCGCCCAAAAACAUGAUACCCUUUGAUGUAAAGGCCGAGGAGGCGUUCAUCGACCUCCACGUGCCGCCGUGGAACACCCAAGGCAGCUUCCUCAAGUCCAUGUCGGUGGGACACCUGGAAAACCUGGCUGUGGAUGGUGAAUAUCACUACAACGCAAUCACCUCUGCAGCGACGACAGACACACUGGUACUCAACAUUAACGGACAGUCGCCAGUGGUCCACUUAUACGGUUUCGUGAUCAGAUACUUCCUCAAAAUGAAAGACAAUUAUUUCGGAGACGAUGUUCAUUUCAAGACACUUGACGAAUACCAGGACAUGUUGAGAUUGAAAAACACAGACCCCGAAGCCGAGCUACAAGCGAGACCACCUCCGAAGAAAUCCAACGAUAUGGAUGUUGUUCUCAGCGUGAGAGCAGACGACCCCAAGGUGUUUUUGCCUGCCAACCUCUACUCCGCGGAGCGAAAUGUUCAGAUCGAUGCGUCAAGUCUCACUAUAGAUCUUCGUUUCACGAACUAUUAUAUGGACUUGGACCUCGUUCUCAGCCCAGCACACCUAGCUCUAGGACGUGAUGAUACGGGAACUGCAACUCCUCUGAGUACAAGUGCCACGACUGAACUCUUCAUAGACGGUGUCAAUGUCUACGGCCAUCGCGUCUUCGGUUUGCCGCCUACCGAACCUACAUAUCUCUGCAACUGGGACAUCUCCGUCGGCGCGGUGACAGGAGAAUGCUCUGCUCAAUUUCUCAUGACGCUCAUGUCAGGUGGCAAGGCCUUCGGGUUCACCUUCGAUGACGAAGAGAAUGCACUCAUCCCUGCGUCUGCUAUCGUUCUCUACGAUGUCACAUUCCUUCGUGUAUUCGUGCAGAGUGUCAAGCUUUGGCUCCACGUCGAAGAGGCCGCGUUUCUCUUCUCAACCGGUUCCGUUGACGUCAAAUACAAUGACUGGGCAAGGUCUCAUUACUCCAAGAGGGCACACGUCAAAAUUCCAGAUAUGGCAUUAUCUUGCGUGAACGCAGAGUCUGUCUCGAAGCAUCGAGCACGGCCCAACGAUGCUGUUGAUCCGGAUCUGUUGGUUCGGACCAGUGUCCAUUUGGCAAUAGUGGGACGCAAGUUCGACUUUUCGAACCAGCGCAGACUACAGCAAGAACUGGUCAGACGUGAAGACCAACGGACUCUGCGGACUCCAUUUCUUGUCCUACCUGGUCUUCUCGGAGAACACGUCCCAGUCCCUGUCGAUCCACCAGCGCAGCCUGUACCACCAAUUCCUCAGCCAGUAUCUGCAGAAGCCAUGUCAGAUGACAAAGCCUCUUUUUCGACCGGCAGCACCUCGCGGCGCUCGAGGAGCCUCAACCAUAGAGCAUCCUUUCUAAGUUUAAGCAGCUCAAGCCAGAGCAGCGUUAAGGGACCGGCCUCUACUCGGCGCUCAUCUGCAUACUCAAGAACGCUAGAGAGCCGACAGCCUUUCUCCCCAGUGGACAAGCAUCAUACAGGGCCGCAAACCUAUCACCGGAGGGAGGCCUCAGGGUCGACUGAUCAUCGAUCGGCGUUUUAUAGUGCCUAUGGGGACUUCGGUGAUGGUAGGGAUCCGGUUCACAAUACUGUUGCGUUUUCUAGCCAGUAUUUCGCGCCUUACUUUCCGCUCGAGACAGUCCAACCAGAUACAGCAGAAACUCUUGUUCCCAGCAUCGAAGUCGACCAAGAUAGUGAUUCAACUAGCACCAGAUUUGAUCUGGACGACAUCGAUCCAAGUGCAUUGAAAGAAGACAGAGCCUAUUCCAGCAUCUUAGUUGAAUUUCCGACAGGUCUCACCGGCUUCGUGAACCCAGCUGCUGCGAGACACGUUGCAUCGUUGAUGUCGGCACUACAGCUUUCUGAGCCAGAGGAUGUGCUCGAUGCUGUACAAAUCGAAGCGAUGACAGACAUAUUUGGGAAGCAGAAAAAGCGGACGAUGAAUGGAUCCAUCACCGACCUUCAUCUGCGGAUUCCUCGAGCUAACCUACGCGUCCUGAACUCAUCUCAGCUGGACUCUUCAGAGCCACCCGAGGAAGAGCAAGACCAGUAUGAUUUUCAUAUAGGCGAGCUGGCUCUUACGACGAGGACGGAGACAACAUGGGCCGAUCCCUUCGAUGCCAGGAGUCUCCGUACUAGACACUCUUUCCACUCCAAACUGGGUUUAUUAGCCAUUUCGGCUGCAGAACGGCUGGCUGCCCGACUCGACGCCCACGCAGCUGUGAAAGCGCAGGUUGAGAAUGUCAUGGUGUCCAUGGGCUCUAAAGACGUCACCUAUGUCGAUGGCGACUUUGGAGUCAUCAACUGCAGCCUGUCAUCCGAGAAGAUCGAGUAUCUUGCAUCGCUUGUCCACAGGACAACAACGCUGGCCUCCGAGCUUGGAAAAAUAUUCUCGCCCGCCAUGUCCAGGGAGGACAAGCUCAAAAAGUUUCUUAUACACCGACUUGUUGCCGAGCGCCACAAUGCUAUAGACCCGGCAUUCCUAAUCAGGCCAUCGGCGGUCCUGCGAUCAGUGAAUGACCAUCUACGAACAUAUGAUUCGUGGAAGCUCAUCAGCCGGCUUCGACAGAUCUGGACGACGUUAGAUACUGCCAGGCGCGCUACCCUUCGACUUGACUGUCUCGGGUCAGCAUUCGAUAUUCCCAGCGACGUCCGUCAGCAAGUCGUCAGUGGCUUCCAAUCUUGGAGGAGCUGGGAUGUUGGCGACAUGGACGAUACGGAGCUCAUACAACAUGUCUUUGGCAAAAUUCCAAAGGAUGAAUCCGACUCUACGGGAUCGAGCUUGCCCCUUCUCGCUGUGAUGCGUCUUCGCGAUGUUCGCCUUGUCCUUGAUCCUGGUCCAAGACAGAACGAGAUCAUGUUCUCCGACAUCACUACCAGAUUCCAGGAUAACGGGUCGUCCAGUACAGAGAGCGACCCAGAUGUUGAGAACAACAACACAGCGGGUGCUGCCUCAGUCAUGGUGCUUAAUGUGUACUGUGGAGAAGCCGCCGUGAGACUGAACUGGGAUCUCCUCGAGCUCGUCGAUGAUGUCCUCAGACUCUACAACAGGUUUCAGGACGAUGAGCAUCAGCAGUCCGAGGGCUCUCAUGAAGGCCAUUCCUUCAAACCCGGCAAAGCGAUUCACAUUGCCGUUGCUGUCAGCCGUGGAGAAAUUGAUUUUGAUGCUAUCAAUCUGAAUGCUGCCUCCCUUGCGAGUGGCAUGAAGGCAUCUUUGCUCGUCAGGAAUGGCCCAAGCGGCAGUCAAGAUAUGGAUUUUGUUCUGGGCUGCAACGCGGUGACCUCACUGAUCCGGAGCCACGGCCAACUUCUCGGAGUGUUUCAACUUCGUGAUCCCGCGGUCAUCGCGUCCCACACGCUUCAGGCCACGGAAACAAUCGACCGGCAUACCAUCAAAGCAUCUGCAAGCAGCAAGCAGCUCACGUUUGCAGUCGAACAGGAUCCCACUGGUCUUCUGGAAGUUCUUGAUCUCCUAGUCAAAGAUGAGGCAGCACGGUUUAAUCGGUUGCUGGCGCAAUUGCCUUCUUCGCCUCGACCAAAACGAUCAGGAAGGAAAAUUCGGGAUCGACUGUCCUCCUUCCGAGUCAAUGUGGCAAUGUUCCUCGACGAGUACCACGUCAGCAUCCCACUUCUGCAAUCUCUCACAUAUCGCAUGGCUGGUGUUGUUGCCCGCGUUGCGAUGGCUGCGAACUUCGGCAAAGAAUUGAUCAUCGAUUUUGACAUCAAGGAGAACUCUCAUGAAGUUCAAGCCCGGGUCAACAACCACUUGCGGUCUCUGUCGUUGCUGCAAAUCCCACCGCUGAACGGCAGAGUAAAGUACCGCGUGGGUGAGAGUGAACACUCGAUGUCCACUGUCGCAUCAGUCGAGCUCAUCAAUCUGGAUGCAUCAUCGGUCUACAGUCUUCUCAGUGCUUUGAAUCGCCCGGAAAUGUCCAACGCGAUCAAUGAUAUCCAAGAGCAAGUGAAGAUGAUUCAGGGCCACAUGCGUGAAACUUUCAACACCGGUAGCCGGCCGGCGACUGUUGUGCAGGACACGCCAUCAGAGCAGAAAACGAAAUCACCUAUUGUCUACGUGGUCCAUGUGACUUUCGAGGGAUUGAAGAUCUUUGGCAACUCGCCGCUCAAGUCUGAAGUCGAGCCUCUGGCACACAUUUUGUUCGGCCUGGGUCGCAUCCACUUGAGAAUGACAAACCGUCCAGAGCCAGCGAGGCCGAUUCUGAGUAACCCAGAGAUCUACAUUGAUUUACAGGGGGUUGAGUGGAAGAUUGCCAGGGGGGUUGAAGGCAACUUCCGCACUUGCGGCAGCGUAGCCUUCAGCGCUCUCAUCACGGCAACAGCGCACUUGGCCGAAGACGGCUCAGAGCAGAGACAUUUCAACAUUACCACUGAUGGUUUUGACGUGACACUUUCACCUGAGACUAUAUCAACGUCUGUGGAUGUAGCUGGCUACAUGAAUGACAAGAUCAAGGACCUUGAUACUUCUCGUGAGCUCGAACUGCUGCGGAAGUUGAGACAGACAAAGCCGAAGAUCACGUUGAACGAUGAACAGGAGGAAGAGGAUGACUCGGACUUCUUCGACUCUUUUCUUUCGUCGGCCAGAUACAACUUCGAGAUCCGUAGGAUGCAGAUCGCUUGGCUUGUUCUUACGGACGCGCAAGAGCCAUCAUCCCAAGGAAAAGAAGAUCUGGUGUUUAGCUGGGACAGGAUCCAGUUCGGGACCCGCACCAAAAACUCAGCCAGGCUGUCCGUUGAAAAUCUCCAGGUGCAGACGGUUCCUACCGACCAAGACAAGAACGUGCGCCCGGCCAACUCUGCUUUGAUGCCGGAGAUUGUUUUCAAUGUAGCUUAUGUGUCCACGGCAAGCACUCGCCGGAUGGCAUUCCAAGCCGUCGGAAAGUCUCUGGAUCUGCGCCUAACCUCAGGCUUCGUCAUCCCCGUGGCACAUAUCGUCGACUCGAUCAAGCUGUCCGUCGACAAGGCCAGGCAAGCGACUCAGCACUGGGCGCCUCCAAGAAGGACCGGCCAGCAAGUUGAAGCCCCGACGCAAAAGGCUGCUCAACCACGCCGUACGCUUUUGGGCAACAAACCAAUGGAGUCACUCCUCCUGGAUGCGGACUUCGCUGGAGCCAAAGUAUACUUGAUUGCGAAGAAAGACACCGACGACCCAUCGCAAUCAUCUCGAGCUGGACUUGCUGGGAAAUAUGGGCAGUUCACGACCGAUAGCAGUGGAAAGGGGACCGUGAUGAAGUCUCCUGGUGUCGCGGUUAAAAUUGAGUACAGGGAUUCGGGCAAAGAGGAUCCAUCGCUCUACGGCGAACUCAUGAUUGAUGCUUCUGACAACACCCUUAACCCGUCGUUCGUGCCACUAGUGAUGGACCUCACUUCGAGCGUCAAGGAGAUCGUUGGCAAUAGCGAUUCCGAGGAGAAGGCCGAAACACCAGCAGUCCUCGUUACACCCAAGCCUGCCCAGGAGGACUACCUUCUUGAUCCGAAUGCUGUCAUUGGGCGACUAAAACUGAAUCUUGGUCUGCGCAUCUGCAAGCAGGUCUUCACGCUCAGCUGUCAACCGAUCGCGCGAGUCGAAGCCACAGCCUCCUUUGAUGACGUGUAUGUGACCAUUAACACUGUGGCUUCUGCCGAUCAAGGCAAAUUCUUUGCUGUCUCUGGAGCGAUCACCAAUCUGCAUGCUUCCGUUCGGCAUGUGUACUCUCGAGAAGAGACGGGCCAUUUCAAAGUGGACUCCAUCGUUCUGUCACUCAUGAACAGCAAGCAUGUGAGUGGCGUCAGCGGCUUGUCCGCGAUUCUGAAAUUUAGCCCCAUGGGCGUGUCGGUGAACACGAAACAGCUGCAAGACUUUUUACUGUUCAGAGAGAUCUGGUUGCCGAGAGACGUUCGCCAAAGCACGUCAACAAGCCCGGUGGCCAAGCUACAGACGGAAACCUCCCAGGGCCACCUCGUACAGAGAUAUCAGCAAGUGGCGGCGACUGCAGCUUUUCCCUGGACAGCCACGGUAUCGAUGGCAGCGCUCGAGAUUAGUGUCGAUCUUGGCCAAGCCAUCGGCAAGUCCAAGUUUGCGAUCGAGGAGUUCUGGAUAUCCUCCAAGAAAACCACAGACUGGGAACAGAAUCUUUGUAUGGGAUUCCAGAGAAUUGGGGUUGAAAGUCAAGGGCGUAUGGGCGGAUUUGUGGCUCUGCAGGAUUUCCAGCUGCGAACUUCGAUCGAGUGGCCAGAGAGACAACAAGCCCUGGUGGAGACCCCUAUGAUCCAGGCGUCGGUCACGUUCAGCCAUUUUCGCGUCAAGGCUGCCUUCGACUACCAGGCCUUCCUCGUCGCCGACAUCACGUCCCUGGACUUCCUCAUGUACAACGUUCGACGCUCACAGGAUGAGUCAGGUGACCGGCUUGUAGCGACUCUUAAUGGUGAGGCUGUGCAAGUCUUUGGAACCACGACAUCUGCUGCCCAGGCUGUCGCCCUGUAUCAAGCUCUCAAGAAACUUGUGGCAGAGCGACAGGCCAGCUUCGAGACCUCGCUCAGAGAGAUCGAGAAGUUCAUGAGGCGGGGCUCCGUCACAUCAGCCACUGCUAUCGUUCAGAAACCGUCCAUUCCAAAAGCCAGAGACGAUGAGGUCUUGGCAAGGGCGCCCAUCUCUCUAGAUACCGAUGUCGUGGUGACACUCAAGGCACUCAACCUAGGCAUCUUCCCAACCACCUUCUCGGAUCACCAGGUGUUCAAGGCGGAAGCAAUGAAUGCUCAAGCGCGCUUCGCAGCCUCUCUGGAUGACCACCGGAUCCACAGCAUUCUAGGCCUCACCCUCGGGCAGCUACGCAUCGGCCUCGCAGGCGUGAGGUCUGCUGGUGCGCCCAAGGCCCUCAGCGAGCUCUCGGUCGAGGACGUGGUAGAGUCUGCGACCGGGUCCCGCGGCGGGACCAUCCUCAAGGUGCCCAAGGUCGAGGCCAUCAUGCAGACGUGGCAGACCCCAGAAUCCCCACAGAUUGAUUACAUCUUCAAAUCAGCCUUCGAGGGCAAAGUGGAAGUUGGGUGGAACUACAGCCGUAUAUCGUUCAUCCGGGGCAUGUGGGCAAACCAUAGCCGAUCAUUGGCACAGACCUAUGGAAGAGAGGUUGCGCUGACCAGCGCGAUCAAGGUCACUGGUGUGCUCCCAGAGCCAGCUCCAUCAUCGUCUAUGGGGUCACAACAGAAGGAGGAGGAAGAGAGGAAGAAGAAAAAGAAGGAAGAAAGCCAGCCGCCGAAGGAGAGGAACGGGAAGAAGGAGGAGCAACAGGGCAAGAUCACAGCCGAGGUGGAGCUCCCACAAUCCAAGUACGAGUAUCAUGCCCUGGAGCCACCGAUUAUCGAGACGCCACAGCUGCGCGACAUGGGCGAGGCGACGCCGCCUCUCGAGUGGAUCGGAUUGCACAGAGAAAGACUGCCAAACUUGACGCAUCAAAUUGUGAUUGUCAGCCUGCUGGAGCUAGCGGGCGAGGUUGAGGAUGCGUAUAGUCGCAUCUUGGGAAGUUCGUAA